AAACAGUUCGAUGUGGUUUUGUGACACUGUGCAAGCAAGCCAGUAUAACAACCCUGUUACAGCUGAGCGCUGAUAACGGCGAAGAAGCGGCACAAAAGGGAAUGCGUGAAUUCAAAUGCAGCCAGCGUCGCGUCGCUUUUCAUUUGAGAUUUUCUAUGUGGAGCAUAAAAAGAGAGAAUUAGAAAACGUGCAACGUGUUAAUGGAAAGUGAAGCAACAAUCGAUUGCAUUAAUUGCGUGAACUAAUUCGAUUUGAUGGCCACUACUUUUGCAGGUUCAAAGUACCCCAAGCUUGUCGACUUCGACGAAUACGAGGAGCAGAAGAAGGUAGAGGAAGAUGAUGGUGAUGAUGAUGAAGAGGAGGAGGAGGAGGAAGAUGAGGAUUCGGGCUCGACCAGCUCUUUCAGCCUACAGGAUUGCCUAAACGAGUUUCGAACGCGACGCAUCAGACGCGUCUCGACGCACAGUCGCGAUGCUGCGGGGGGCGGAGAGGAGCGACAGACGGCAGCUAGCGUCGUUGCUGCCGAUGCACAUCUAAUCAACCAGAAUCUAUGCAACAAGGCGCAGGAGCGUCGUGGCAAGCCAUGCAAGAACGGUUUCUGCUACUGCUUCACCAGCGACAGCGGCGACUGCGGCUCGACGGUGGCGCCACGUGAGUGGCACGUGCGGCAACAUAAGCGCAGCAGGCGUGCCGACGCUAAUAAGCUUUCCACUGCACAACAAUCGAAUCAAAACAAUUUCAACCCUCAACCAAGCCAGCGAAAUCCUCAAACUCAACUACGUCGUCAGUCCGAGAAUAGAAAACAGAAUGCUGCUGGAGUUGCUGUGGCCAGUCACAAAUCGGUGGAUAGCAGACCAUUAACCGCAGUCAGCAGUUUGCACGCUGUGGGCGACGAUGCGCCACUUAUUCACAUCAUUCAAGAGCUGCGCGACAAUUGUGUCAUCUCGGAAGUGCGGGUCAACAAACAGAAACUGCCCAAUUCAACCCAAAUAUCACCAGCAUCGACAACAACCACAUCAUCAUCGGUAGCUACAUCGAAGCUCAAAAAAAUGCCGAAACCCGAACGCAUUGAGUACAAAGCAACAGCUCCGCCACUUUCCAACAUUAGCGAGCAAGAGACACCAUUGGAUGAGGACAAGGAGUGCGAUGACUUCCUAACAGAAGCAACCAGCUUGGCGGGCGAGAGUUUCCAUUCCUCGCGACGCAAAUGCAGACGCAGUUCCAGUGGCGGAGGUCGAUUGCUGCAAAAACGUCUUUCCAAUGGCGGACAGGUGAAUUUCAAGCCUCGCGAUGUGGAGCAACCGCCGCCAAAGCCGCCACGCCGCAGCAACCAGAGUCUCGAUGGUAAAAUGUCAUUAUCAUCGUUGACCUCUACAACGCCAUCUGUGCGAGAUGCCGAGCGGGUCUUGGAUGAGUUUCUGCGCAAGCACGGUGUUCAGGUACCUAGCUCCAAAGUGGACAAAGCUGCCAAGACGAAGAGCAAUCGCAAAUCGUAUCCAUUGGCCGCAAUGGAGAAACCCGUGCAUCAGGCCAAAUUGGCAACUUGCCCUUCGUUGAGCGACAUUGAACGCGUUGUGGAAUCGAAGCGUGGAGCUCACUAUGCCAAGAACAUUCACAUGGCCAGCAACAACAGCAGCAGCAACAGGAAUAAGAGCACAGUGUCCGACAAGCCCAUGAAGGAGAUUAUGCUAGGCUGGACAGAGCCCAAAAUCAAUGAUAUGCUUAACUACGAUGCCGCCAAGCAGACGCAAUUCAAGACACACGCUCCAGAGCCAGCGCCUCAGGUUGCCCACAACAUUGGCUGGCAGGUUCCUCAAUCCGUACCUGUGGUGCCAAAGAUCUCCCUUGAUACGGUGGAUGGUGUCAGCGAUAAUCUGGAAAGCAAUAUGCAGCACAAGCAUACGCCGAUUAAAUAUGCCAAACAGAGCAGCCAGAAAUUCAUUUGGGGCGAACAGUGGCGCAAUCUUUCGCCAUGGAAUGGCAACAAGCAGCGUCCCAGCGGGCUGCGCAACAAAUCGAAAAAGUUUCUCAACAACUCCAAGAACAAAAUAUUGCGUUUUGUGUCGCCCAAGAAAUCGAAUCAGCCUCCCAGAUUGUGCACUGUUGGUGUGCAAACAUCCACAUCUCAAUUGCAGCUGGAUUUGCAAUCUCAAUCACCGCCAGGCAGUUAUCAUUCGCCAGUUCAGUCGACGCCAUCGGCAACAAUCACCACGCCAUCCAUGGAACAGCAGCAACCACAGUACAAAGACAGUUCGGAGCAGGCGUAUUUUGAUUUCCAGCGCAAAGUGAAGCCGCCAACGCCUCCCAAGAAAGUGCCUCGUGGCCAGCGCCGCAAGCUGAACUUUCAAGGCGAGAGCAACGCAGCACCAGCAACAUAUUAUCGUUCGUAUCAGAAGGACAUUGAUCAGGAUGUGACCAUCACCAAAAUGGGGUAUUUGCUGAGCAGCAUACGCGCCAAGCUGGAAGCGAGUGAUGAGAACGCAACACGCACAUUUCAGGAGAGUUCCCGAUUUGCGCCCUUAGAGCAACGACAACGCACACAAGGCGGAUUCGACUGCGUCGAUGGACCAAUAACUAGAACAAAACGUUCGGUGGUAAGCCGUCAUCAGCCUCAAGUUCAUGAAAGAGAACCCAUUUACUCCGAGAUAGAGGAGGACUGUAUGCACAUUAGCGGCAGCCCGCAGUUUGAUGUCAGAAAUGCUGCGCUGCUAAAGCAGACUGAGCUACCCACAUCCUCAUCGUCGGCAGCUGCCGACACAUCAGCAGCUACACCUUUAAGUACACCUGGUCCAACACCAACCAAAUCGUCAUUAGCAUCAGCCACGGGUACAGUUAGUGACAUAACACCACGUCCAAAGCCAUUCCCAGAAUCCCCAGUGCAGGAUUUCAGUGCACUCUAUGCCACAGUGCAAAAAUCUAACAAGUCAUCACCAAGAUCUGUUGAUGUCAAGGUUGCAGUGCAACCACGACCACUGGGACAAUUUCUUCAGGAAUCCCUGAUGAAUGGCAGCUUCUUCCAGUUUAUGCCCUUGCCAGAUGAGCCUGCCAGCGAUACUUCCUACACAGUCUCCACCUUAAGAUCACGGAAUCUAGUCUCAGAGCAACCGACACUGCCGAUGCAUCAUUCAUUGAAUAACAUUAACGAACAGCACUCGCCUCCAAAAAAGAAUCGGAAUCUCUCGAAAUCGGAGCUAUCGCUGCAACGCAGUGAGAUUUUCUUGGAGAAUCUUUGUCGCAGCGAGAUAGUGCUGGACCACGACGACAACAUGCGACUGGAGAAGGUGCCAAAUACAAGUCUCAAAGCUCAAAGUGCUCCCGUUGUGGAUGACGAUACUGUCUCCUACGAUAUGCCCAACGAAGUGUAUGAUCACUAUGUGAUUGAGGACGCCAAUAGCAGUGGACAGAGUCAAUAUGGAUCGGUGCAGUUGGAGCCGCCGCCACCCUCAUCGGAUAACCAGAGUACGCCAAAGAAGCAAAGUCAACACUUUACGACUAAGCCCACGCGCAUACUCAACAUCGAUAUAAACGAUGGUCCAACUGCGACGGUGCACAAACAAAACGUUGCCAGUGUCAGCUGUCCAACCACACCUCAGCAGCCGGACAACAGGAAGUCUCAAAAUGUCAUGCAUGGUCACAGUCUUGUCGAGCUUACGCAGACGUUGCCCAGCGAGAGCAAUCUGUUGUCAAUGAGCACCUUGACACGCUAUCGCCUGUUGAAGGAUGCCGUGCGUCGUUCGUAUCGCAAGGGCAAAGACUUUUUGCUAGCCGAGAAGCAGCGACUGACGCACAGUCUGAAUAUGUCACGUGAUCAGACGAAUCAAACUGAAGGCGAUAUCGAUAGCAGCAACUAUUAUAGCGCCAUCAAUCUAGACUCGUUGCUCAACGAAUCGUUGUCCACAAAUGAACAGCUGGCACAGGCUGUUAGCAUUUGCCGACAGUUGCCCGAGUUGGAGAUCUCUUCGGAAAUGGUGGAAGCCGAACGUUUGUUGCUCUUCACUACGCUGCGAAAACAGACAGCACAGCCAAUCGUGGGCAACGAAGCGACGUCAACAGCGAGAAGAGAAUCGCAGUGCUUUCUUAUCGAUGCACUGCACUUGCCCAUCAAGGCGGAUGUUAAUCAGGAUGUGUUCUUCAACUACUACUACAUCUGCACGGUGGAAAGCGAAGGACGCAUACGAUCGACACAGUCGAUAGAGUGUCACAAUGGGGCUGCCAUCUUUCGUGAUUGCGGUCUUGAGUUCUACAGCGAUGGAGCAGCUGAAGAGCUGGAGUUGCGUUGUCAAAUAUUUAUGCUGCGUCUGCGCAAGGUGUCCACGUUGUCUUUGGAGCCACCAAAGGCAUUGCUAAAACGCGGCAGUGGAAGUCUUGGCUCCGCUUCUUCCAGCAGUUCAUCACAAAGUGAGCAGAUUGUUUCACGCUUUCGCUUGCACGCCUCGUUUACUCUGAAGGCCAGUGACUUGGUACCCUAUGAACUGGUGAUGGCUGGCGAAACACAGGCCAGCGACAGGAUUUGGCUGCGCACUUCUCGCACCUGGCAAUUACCACUGACAUCACACACGAAAUCCUCGAAUCUAAUGCCACAAAUUGCGUUAAGUGGCCGCGUUGAACUGCGCCUGCCCAAGUCACAGCACUCGGGUUAUCUCAAUGUGCAGGACACCAAACACAACUGGAAUCGACGCUGGUGCACACUGAAUGGACUGCGUCUCUCAGUUUGGCAGCACGAGCAGAAUCUGUGUGAUGAACCGCCUUUGCUUCAGUUGCAGCUUGAAGUAAGUCUGCAGUCGGAGUUGGAUGUCGCUCCUCGUGAGCUGUGUGCACGUGCGCGCAGUUUUCAGCUGCUGUGUUCCAACACUGAGGCAUUCUUUGCGGCAGACACACAGCCAGAGCUAGUCGAGUGGCUGCAGCAAUUGAAUGAGGCGCUGACUUUUGCCAGACGUUGGCUGAAGCAGGGUUAG